AUGCCUCAAUGGGCCAAAACUUCGGCGAAAGGGCUCAUUUCUGGUCUGAUAUUGGAUGUCGCACUUGGCGGCAAAUAUCCAAGCCGGUUUCUGCGAUACUGCCAUCAACAGGACAUACAGUUUGCAACCAUUUCCGCGCUUCCAAAUGUACAAGAACCUGAAGGCGUCAAGCAGUGUGGAGGACAAUACGGCACCGUCCUCGGAGCCUACCCGUUGAGACUCGGAGUUAUUUCCGUUCAGGAAAACGACGAUGAUCCAAAUGGAGCUAGCUUGUUUGUCCGCGCUCUCGAGAGUCGAGACUGUCCAGACGGAUCAGGGCCGAUCCGUCUUUGA